AUGUUUGCAAAGCCGAGACCGAAGAAGAGCGUCCUUCCCCCACCAAGCAAAAAGCGCAAGUAUGGCGUUGAAGAGGUCUCUUUCGACUUCGACGCUCGAGAAGAAUAUCUCACUGGCUUCCAUAAACGAAAACAACAGCGCAUAAAGCUAGCACAGGAAGAAGCUGCCAAGAGAGCACGCGAGGAGAGGCUACAGACGAGGAAACAGAUUCGAGAGGAACGGAAGCGAGAAGUUGAAGAGCACGUCGAACAUGUCAACAAGCUACUUCGGGAAUCAGGCGCCAUUGAGGUCGACAGCGCCGAAGAACAAUCGGGAGAUGAAGAGGCGAACGAGGGAGAAUGGGCCGGGUUUCCAGACCGACCAAAUCUUGACAUUGUUGAUCACGAAGAAGAGUACAUAGACGAAGACCGAUAUACAACAGUCACAGUUGAGUCCGUCUCAAUAUCAAGAGAUGGUUUAGAACGGCCCGAGAAGCCUAAAGAACAGACCGAGGGGGAUCAAGAGCAGGAAACGGAGAGAGCGGACCAAGAUAAAUCAAAAACCUCGGCAUGGCCCAAAAAGAAGAAGCAAAAAUUCCGUUACGAGACGAAAUUCGAGAGGCAGCUUACGGAUAGGAGGCAAAAGGCGAAGAGCAAAGCCAAAAGCAAGGCGCGCAGGUCGGAAUGA